AUGCACAAGUCACUGUCGUACGUCAAGGAACACCCAGACUACGUCGACUCGCGCACCUACCUACUGAAAUUGCAGUAUCAGCAGAACAGGGCGCUGGUGCUGGUCAAGAUGCACACAGUCGAUCUGCUGAAGAAGGCCACUAUGGAGGUGUGUGCGUGCAUGCGUGCGUGCAAGAUAUCGAUAGUAUGCUCUGUGUCUUCCCAAGGAAAUCAGUAG